ACAGUAGUCUAUCACGAACAUUCGAGUCGCCCUGAAGGCUGGUUGGAUCAACGUCAUGGCUGACGACAAGCAACCCUGCCGCCGCUUGAGGCCGGCUCAAAAAUAUGUGUUUCGGUUAUUGGCUGUCGGAUGAAUACGGGUCCACUUAGUGCCCACAGUGACAUAAUGUCAUUGGUAGUGAGGGAACUCCACGACAGCCUAGAGGACGCCGGUGUUUGGUUGGCCUCUGCACUUGCUACUAGUGCAUCCCUACUGCGUUAUUCAUUGGUCAUUUAUGCUCAAAAGUGGACUAUAUCGUAUCGUGGCGGUACAGGUAUAUUACGCAUAGCCAAGGCACGAUGCGACGCCAGCCAGCCAGUAGGGUGGAACCAAACCACAGGCUGGUGUAAUUGCAGGCAAUAUAAUACCGUCCUUGCGCCGCAUCGCCGCUCCCAUUCGCCGCAGUCGGACUGCAUGCCCCAUUGUUUCCAGUGGGCCAUGUGGGCCCGCUGGCUUUUGCCUCUCGGACUUUCUUGGCGCGGGCUCACGAUGGCUUCCCCCAAUAAGUCGCUCCCUCCUGCGCUCUCAACCGUCUGUCCCGCCAUCGACUAUUUUUGACUCUUCAUCCAUCCCGCACAACCCGCCUCCGUCUCCUACGCUUAUUCUCAUUCUCUGCCUUGUAAUUCAUUCCAUACCACUCUCCCCAUAAUUCACUCUUCUGUCACUA